CGACAGCUUCUUUGAGUCACAGAGUAAAAAAGAAGUAGGCGCAUACUUAUCAAGCACACACAAGACGUACUCAUAAACUGGAUAACCCGAUCUAGAAUAUUCAGAUUCAAGUUACGUCUAUUUCCCUUUUUGUUUUUUUUCUCCUUUCAAUAAUCACACCGACGUUCGACCUCGGACCCAUUCACAAUGUCGACAGUCCACCUGCUGGACUAUGUCGCGGGCAACAUCCGCAGCUUGGUGAAUGCGAUUGAGAAAGUGGGAUAUAAAGUCGAAUGGAUUCGAUCGCCAGAAGAUGUACCAUCAGCAGAGAGAUUGAUCCUCCCCGGUGUCGGCCACUUUGGCCACUGCCUUAAUCAACUCGCCCAGGCUGGCUUCCUCCCUGCAAUUCAAAAACAUAUCGAGUCCGGAAAACCUUUUAUGGGAAUCUGCGUCGGACUACAAGCCCUUUUCGAAGGCUCCAGUGAGGACCCCGGUAUCCCUGGUCUGGGCCUCAUCAAGGGCAAACUGAAUCGCUUCGACGACACCGCCAAGGCCGUACCACAUAUCGGAUGGAACAGCGCAUUCACCAACGGUGCCACCCUCUACGAUCUACGACCUGGGUCCAAGUAUUAUUACGUCCAUUCGUUCAAGUAUCCCUACAAAGCUGGAGAGCUAGAGAGCCAAGGCUGGACCGUGGCAACGGGCACAUACGGCUCUGAAACCUUCGUCGGAGCAGUGGCCAGGGGGAACGUCUUCGCUACGCAAUUUCACCCGGAGAAGAGCGGUGUUGCUGGCCUCCGCACUCUCAGGGCAUUCCUGACCGGCGAGGGCGCAUCUGCCCUGGCCGUGCCACCAGGCAGCGAAGGGACGGCCAUCCCACCGGCACCCGGCAACGUGACCUUCGAGGACGGCUUGACACGGCGGGUCAUCGCCUGUCUCGACGUCCGCACUAAUGAUCAGGGAGACCUCGUCGUCACCAAGGGCGACCAGUACGAUGUGCGCGACAAGAGCGAGGGUGGCAACGUCCGCAAUCUCGGCAAGCCCGUCGAGCUAGCCAAACGCUACUACGAGCAAGGCGCCGACGAAGUGACCUUCCUCAACAUCACUUCGUUCCGCGACCUACCCCUCGCCGACCUCCCCAUGCUCGAAAUCCUCCGCCUCACAUCCGAGACGGUCUUCGUACCCCUGACCAUCGGGGGCGGCAUCCGCGACGCGGUCGACACGGACGGCACCAAGGUCUCGGCCCUCGAGAUCGCCACCAUGUACUUCAAGUCGGGCGCCGACAAAGUCUCCAUCGGCUCCGACGCCGUCCUCGCCGCCGAGGAAUACUACGCCGCCGGCGCCCGCCUCUUCGGAAACACAGCCAUCGAGCGCAUCGCCCGCGCCUACGGCAACCAGGCCGUCGUCGUCUCCGUCGACCCGAAGCGCGUCUACGUGCCCAAACCCGACGCCACCCGCCACGCCACUAUCGCCACCAAAUUCCCCGGCCCCAAGGGGGAGACCUACUGCUGGUACGCCUGCACGAUCAAGGGGGGCCGCGAGACCCGCGACGUCGACGUCGUCGAGCUCGCCCGCGCCGUGGAGGCCAUGGGCGCCGGCGAGAUCCUGCUCAACUGCAUCGACCGCGACGGCACCAACUCCGGGUUCGACCUCGAACUCGUCAACCAGGUCAAGGGUGCCGUCCGCAUUCCCGUCAUUGCGUCCAGCGGCGCGGGUCACCCCAAACAUUUCGCCGAGGUGUUCGAGCAGACCCCGACGGAUGCCGCGCUUGGCGCUGGGAUGUUCCAUCGUGGAGAGUACACCGUGAAGGAAGUGAAGGAUUUCCUGGCUGAGAAGGGUCUCAAGGUCCGGCAAUUUGAGGGUGAGUUUUGAGGAGUGAUACCAUUUUCCCUCGAAUAAUGGAUUUUGGGGGUAGUAUAAAAAAAAAAAAAGGAAAGAAAGAAAGAAAGAAACCCAAGCAGUUGGGUCUUUACAAAGAACAUGCGAAAGGGCAGUCACUUUGCGGGCGGUGACAUGGGAUUAGAAAAAGGAAGCAUGGAGUUUUGCGACGAUAUCGAUUUCUGCGUUUGCCCUAGAUCGAACAGAACUUUUCUCCUGCGGGUUCUCCUGUGUCGCAUUCUAAAACUACAUAAUAAUGCCUUCCUCCCACAGGGUACUAUGAUUUUGAUCGGGAGGGUGCACCGAUUGCACAUGAAAAGAAAAGUCAGAGAGAGGCGCUCGUAAGCUUGCUGCCCUCCUGUCCGACACCGAGAAGAAAUGGCG